AAAUACUUGCAACGAUACUCAUGAUGGCCACCGCCACGGCACUUGCCUUGGAAGCCGCGGUUCUGCCAUCGCUUGAAAGACAAGCAAGAGCGCUCCUCUCUUGGAAAACCACACUCAAUAAGGAAAGCCAAGACAACUUACAAUCCUGGCGAAACAUGUCAUCAGCGCCAUGUACUUGGCGUGGCAUCGGUUGCGCAACAUGGCAACAUCGGCCAGUGAUCACCAGCGUCUCUCUACGCGGGAUGCGGCUGAGAGGGACGCUUGAGUCCCUCGACUUCUCAUCCUUUAGCACCUUGACGGCCCUUGACCUCUCGCACAACGAGCUCGCUGGGGUCAUUCCCUCGAGCGUGGCGCAUCUUCGAGAUCUACAUGAUCUGCUUCUGCAUGACAAUCAGAUAAGAGGCUCAAUUCCACCUGCUUUAUCAAACCUUACAAAGCUCACAACCCUGGAUCUCUCCAAUAAUAAGCUUGUAGGAUCGGUUCCUCCAGAAAUUGGAAAUCUUGCUAGGCUGAAAGAGCUCAACCUUAGUGUGAACCAACUAGUAGAUUAUAUUCCAACUAGUAUAGGAAACUUAACACAGCUAACUACUCUGCAUCUUUAUACUAACAAGUUCAUUGGAUCCAUCCCUCAAGAGAUAAGUAAUUUGGUAAACCUGGAGGAUUUGGAACUCGGACUGAGCCAACUUACAGGUUCCAUCCCGACAAACUUGGGAAAUUUGACUAAACUCACCAUCUUGGUUCUCAGGGGUAACAGCUUGUCUGGCCACAUCCCUCAAGAACUAGGUCGUUUGAUAAACAUUGAGAUCUUGGAGCUUAGUGAAAACAUACUAACAGGCCCCAUUCCAAAUACCUUUGGGAAUCUGACAAAACUCACCACCUUGUAUCUCUGGGGUAACAACUUCUCUGGCCACAUCCCUCAAGAACUAGGUCGUUUGAUAAACUUAGAGGACUUGGAGCUUAGUCUAAACAUACUGACAGGUCCCGUCCCAAACAGCCUAGGGAAUUUGACCAAAGUCGCUGCGUUAUACCUUUAUACAAACCAACUUUCUGGCCACAUCCCCCAAGAACUAGGUCGGUUGAUAAACUUAGAGGACUUGGAGCUUAGUGAAAACAUACUGACAGGUCCCAUCCCAAACAGCCUAGGGAAUUUGACAAAACUCACCGUGUUAUUACUUUAUACAAACCAACUUUCAGGCCACAUCCCUCAAGAACUAGGUCGUUUGAUAAACUUAGAGGACUUGGAGCUUAGCAACAACACACUAACAGGUCACAUACCAAAUACCUUUGGGAAUUUGACAAAACUCGCUGAAUUGUACCUUUAUACAAACCAACUUUCUGGCCAUAUUCCUCAUGAAAUUGGCAAAUUAAAGAGUUUGAUUGUGUUGGAACUCUCUUUUAACAACCUCUCUGGUAUCCUGCCACCCGGUCUUUGUGCUGGAGGCCGGCUACAAAAAUUGGCUGCUACAAACAACAACUUGAUUGGACCCUUACCUACAAGCUUGCUAAAGUGCACUAGCCUACAAAGGGUUCGCCUCGAGCGAAAUCGUCUCGAAGGUGAUAUCUCCAAAAUGGGAGAUCAUCCGAAUCUCAUCUACAUUGAUAUCAGUUCAAAUAGACUAUUUGGCCAACUCUCCAAACGUUGGUGUGCAUGCUUCAAACUUACUAUGAUGCGUGCCUUGGAGAAUAGUAUUACUGGAGUCAUACCACCAUGCAUAGGACAGUUGCCUCAGUUGGGGAUACUCGAUGUUUCAUUAAAUAGACUUGAAGGAAAGAUUCCACCAGGAAUUGGAAAUAUAACAGUGAUGUUCAAUUUAAACCUCAGUAACAACAUGUUACAGGGUAGUAUACCACAAGAGAUCAGAUCCUUGAAAAGCUUGGAGUACUUGGACUUAUCAUCGAACAAUCUAACUGGGCCAAUAACAGGGUCCAUUGAGCAUUGUUCCAAGCUCCGCCUCCUGAAGUUGAGCCAUAAUCACCUCUAUGGCAUCAUUCCUAUAGAACUAGGGAUGCUAGUAUCCCUUCAAGAUGUUUUGGAUCUAGGUGAUAAUUCAUUUGAUGGCAUAAUACCGAGUCAGUUGGGUGGUCUCAGAAUGCUUGAAGCCUUGAAUCUAUCACACAAUUUCUUGAAUGGGAGCAUCCCACCAUCAUUUCAGAGCAUGAUCAGCCUCUUAUCUAUGGAUGUGUCAUACAACAAACUUGAAGGACCAGUGCCACAAAGCAGGUUCUUCGAAGAAGCUCCAGUCGGAUGGUUCGUGCACAAUAACCAACUAUGUGGUGUAGUGAGAGGUUUACCCUCCUGUGGAACUACUAUAAGUUAUGAACAAGAUCAGAAAUUCAAAGUUGUUUUAUUGACUAUAAUUUCUGCUCUUGUUUCUUUUCUACUUAUCAUGGCAGUCGUGAUAGUACUGCAAUGUAAAAGUACGAAAUCAAUUGUAAAAAGUGUGGAUGAACCACAGCCUAGAAAUUUGUUCACAAUCUGGAACUUCCACGGACAAGAUGUGUACAAAAAAAUUGUUGAUGCCACAGAAAAUUUCAGCGACACCCACUGCAUUGGGAAUGGAGGUCAUGGUUCAGUGUAUAGAGCUCAGUUACCAACAGGGGAGAUAUUUGCAGUAAAGAAGGUUCAUAUGAUGGAAGAGGAUGAUAUAUUUAUUCGUGAAGUAGAUGUGUUGCUACAUGUUCGACAUCGCAACAUUGCAAAGUUAUUCGGCUACUGUUCUGCUCCUCAAGGGAGAUUUCUUGUCUAUGAAUACAUGGAUAGAGGAAGCUUGUCAGCAUCUUUGAAGAGCAAGGAAACUGCAAUUGGAUUGGUUUGGGCAAGGAGGUUAAAUAUUAUUAGUGACGUUGCCAAUGCUUUGUCUUACAUGCAUCAUGGUUGCUUUGCGCCCAUAGUGCAUAGAGAUAUAAAAAGCAGCAACAUUUUGCUUGAUGUUGAGUUCAGAGCAUGCAUCUCUGAUUUUGGUAUUGCAAAAAUACUAGAUGUGGAUGCAUCAAACUGCACAAGGCUUGCCGGAACAAAAGGAUAUCUUGCCGGAACAAAGGGUGGCGAGCGAGGCUACGAUCGAUUUCCCGUUUAUAUGCACAGGAUAAGCAAUAACAGCUGUUAA